UUAUUAUUACUGAAUGUGAAAUGAAACUUUGAAACUGAAACUUUCUGUUUUCUUACAGUAGGCCUAAAACUUUAUAUUAAAUGUAAAACUUUAUUUUAAAUGUCUGGCAGCAAAAGUUAAAACUUGCAGUCAUAAUAAAGUAAAUAAACGUUAGUUAUUCUACACGGUUUGUUAUGUACGAACAGUUUCAGGUGUUUAUAAUCUGUAGGAGAAGAGAAGAGACGUCUGGAACAACUGCAAAACUUUAAAACUUUUUCUGAUCUUUUAUUUCUCAGGAGAGGUCAGCCUGCGAUGUCUGACCUCUGACCUCUGAGACACAACUAGUGGAGGGAUGGAGGGAGGAGGAGAGGCUGAGACCUCCUCCAAACCCAGAAGAGCCUCGCCAGGAGGAGGAGGAGCAGGAGGAGCAGGACUAGGAGCAGGAGGAGGAGACACCUGCAGACAGAAUGGCAUCACCACCCAGAGGCUGGGGGCGGAGCCUCGGGAGGCGCUGCUCCUGGUGUACUCAGCUCCUCAGUACCAGGGUCACGUGGUAGUACCCCCGCCGCAGGAGAGGAGCAGUGGAGGAGGAGGUGGGGCUCCUCCUCAGCUCCUGAACCCAAGCGCUCUCCUCAACCACCAGGUGGUGUCAGACCCGCGCCUCCGGCCGGCCCCAGGCCUCCUCCUGUGUCCAGAAAGCGUCCUGCGAGCGUGGGGCGAGGCCGGUGGAGGCGACUGCUGCGAGACCACCUUCAUCGAGGGGCUCGGCCCCGACGCCUCCUCCUCCACCGCCUCCACCAAGGAGGCACUGCUGUUUGCUGAUGGGAAGUUUUUGGACUUUUGUGGAGAUGAAGCAAAGAUUCACACGCUAUCGUACGACAUCGACGAUGAUGACGAGUUCCAGGAGCUCGAGAGUGAUUACUCCAGCGAAUCAGAGAGCGAGGACGCCUUCCUGCUGAUGCCUCCCAGAGAUCACCUGGGCCUUAGUGUCUUCUCCAUGCUCUGCUGUUUCUGGCCGCUCGGCAUUGCAGCCUUCUACCUGUCGCACGAGACCAACAAGGCGGUGUCUAAAGGAGACUUCCACGCGGCGAGCUGCAGCUCCCGCCGGGCGCUCUUCCUCGCCGUGCUGUCCGUCACCAUCGGGACGGGGAUCUACGUGGGCGUGGCCGUGGCGCUCAUCGCCUACCUGUCCAAGAACCACCACUGGUGAGAUUACCCAUCAGCCCCGGGGCGGGGGCGUGGCCAGGGGCGUGGCCUGCAGGGACGGCCUCGGUCAGGUGAUCAUGGACCUCUGAACCAAUCAGAUCGCAGCAUCUCUGAGGACUCUUUAAUGAAUCUUCCAGUGUGAUUUUUUUCUUUUUAACUUGAAUCAGUAAAGUCAUUUUACAGUUUUAUUAUUUUUUCUAAAAGUGACUCAAACAAUAUUAUUAUUGAUAAAUCUCUUAUAUUUAAAUCUGAGAUGUCAGAUCUCCAAAUAUGGAUGAUGAUUCAACUUUUGUUGUUAUCAAAAGAAUAAAUAAAUAAUAAAUAAAUAAAUAUUUUAGGACUGAAGACACUUCAGAAAUCAAACGUAGAAAAAAUAAAAAAAUAUAAAGGAUUAAGUUUAGUUCUGUUACAGAAAUAAUGAAAGAAUUCAUUUUUAAAUCAAGAAACAUUUUGAUUGAUUUUCCUUCAACAUAAGUAACAAAACGAAUAAAUGUCUUUGAUGUUUAUAUGAAUAUUUUAUUGAUAUUCAUCAAAACUUUAAAAGAUAUUUUUCUGUUUUGUUAUCAUUAAAACGAUUCAGUUAUCAAUGAUUAAAAACUCAACAAACGACUGCUUUA